UCAAGAACCUCGCCUACUUAUCGCCAUUCGAUAUGGAGGAACCCACAUCCGUUGAUACAAAUCCAUCGCAGGUCGUCUUCCGACCAAGCAAGAAGCGCAAGCACUUCAGGCACCGCCCGGAAGAGAACGAUGGGGCCACGACCGGUGAUGCAACCAGCCAAAACGUUGCACCUCAUGCAUCAACGGAGGACGGCGAAGCUACUACCCGCGAUAACAAUGGCAGCGAUGAAGAAACCAAAGAAGCAAAUGCUUUAUCAGUCGCUGAAGCCCUGCGCCUACGAAACGCGCGCAAGUCCAGACUUAAGGGUGUCGAGUUUCGGCCGGAGGCUGCGGCCAAGGAGGAAGCAAAGGCCGAGCUGGGCCUGGUUCCCGAUGAAGACGGCGAGGCUGUGGAGCUGGGCGUGUCAAGGCGCUUUGCACCGCAGGUCGGGUUGGUCGGCGAGCUCGUGAACAAGCAUAUGGAGGAAUAUAUAGAAUCCGAGUUGGCUAGACGGUAUGCUGCGGAUAAGGACGUCGAAGCAACUACGUCGCAACAGCCCGGCUCGUCGAGCGCAGAGGUGGCAGCCGGGACCGAUCCGCUGAAGAGGAUGGGAGAACAGCCGGCGAUGAAAGGGCGGUUACACGAGGUUGAUCUGGGCGAAGAAGCCCGCUUGCGUAAUGCCGCCAUGACCGAGAAGGCGCGGAGGCGACUUGCCGGAGAGGAUCUCGACGACGAAUCCGAGGACUCUCGAAAACAUGGCAGGCUCGGCAAGGACGGAAAGCCGUGGCGUGGCCGCAAAAGGCGCGCCAGUGACGACAUCAAGCGAGAUCAGAUGGUGGAAGCACUCAUGUCGGAGAACAAACUGGACGUGUACGAUGUUACAGCCCAAGCAGACACGGGAGCUGGGGCUGGCGCUGACGAAGCUGCGGAUGAGAAGAUCGCGGCCAACUUUCGGCGCGAAUUUCUGGAUGCUAUGGCUCUCAGAAGAGCUCAACGAAGAAGGCAUCCGGCUCCGCCACCGAAACCUGGAGCGAAGCAGGAGGAGAUUCUCAGAGGGCCGAAGCUCGGCGGCAGUCGCAAUGCCAGAGCCGCCAUGCGGGACAUAUUACUGUCUCAACAGGAGGAGAAAAAGAAGAGGCGAUGAAGUACUCACGCAGUUGGCACGUUGUAGAAGCGUCAGUCGCCACGGCUACCGGCACUGCUGUUUCCCGGACCUCUAGCGCGGGCCCCCGCCGAUAUCCCGAUUCUUUCGGUGGCCCCCAAACGACAAUCCGCCUCGAUGCCUGCAUCCCUACUUUUAUUCAAUUUGUACAUGUCUUUGGGUGGGUUGCAGGCAUUUAUAAACACACAUAAGAGCUGAUGUGAGGAAGGGAAAGU